AUGAAAACAUAUUCAGUGGUUAAAUUUAGUGGACUGCAAAAUCCUAACAAAUCCCAAAGAGACCUCUAGAACGUCGACCUCUCUCGUCCUUCAGAGGAAGCCCGUAAAUAAAACCUGGAUAAGACUCGCCAGGAACUUAAUGUGUCAGUAUCUAAGAAAAUAGAGCCAGCUUAUUGCACUUCAGUCGCUUAGAAGCCUCAGAGAGAUAUAUAGUAUGUAAAGUACACUCCCUAGAAUCAAUCAGCUCAUGCGCAAUCGCAGUAAAGAAUCAUAUAAAUAUCAACUAUUUAAGAGGAUCCACUAGAACCUCCAAGGUUUAAACAUAAGAGAAUUCCCAGACCUCACGGUUCACCUCCUCCAACAAUAAUGAGAAGCCCUCCUCGCAAGCUGACUAACAAGGACAUGCAGGACUGGAAGGUACCUCCUUGCAUUUCAAACUGGCAAAACGCUAAGGGAUUCACAAUUCCUAUGCACAUGCGUCUUUAGGCUGAUGGACGUAAUAUGCAAGAUACUUCCAUCAAUGAGAGAUUCGCUGCAUUUACUGAUUCUAUCAUGACUGCUGAAAAGUAGUCUAGAAAGGAAGUGGAAGAGAGAAGCAAAAUGCAAGAGACAAUUAAAAUGGCUUUAGCUAUGAAAAAAGAGCAAGAAAUCAAGCAAGCAGCUACAUUAGCGCGAGCUGAGAAAGCCGGACUUAUGGCAUCUUCAAUUUCCAAGUUUAAUUCAGAGCUUAGAAAGGAUACUGAAGAUGUGAUAUCAGGCAAGAAGAGAUCUCGAGAAGAAAAAGAGCUGGAAGAAGCCAAGAAGGAAAGAGAUGCUCUUAGAUACUAGAGAAAGCGUGAAAUUGAGAGAGAUCGUAGGAUGGAAGUGGCUGGAAAGAAGAAGUCCAAGACUACUCGUGAUGAGGAAAGAGACAUUUCUGAAAAGAUAGCCCUUGGUCAAGCUCAGCCCACCUCAAGAGAGGCAAUGUUCGAUCAGCGACUGUUCAACUAGGUAAGUGGCUUAGACUCGGGAUUCGGCCAUGAUGACGACUAUAAUCUUUAUGAUAAGCCUCUCUUCGCAGAUAGAACUGCAGCAUCUAUCUAUAAAAAUGUUAGAGAAGUUAAUGAGGACGAGGACGAUCAACCAGAGGGAGAUGAUAAAAGCAAAAAGUAGGAGGGAGGUUAAAAGCCAAAUAGAGGAUUUGAGGGAACCGAUUAUAACAAAGGUGCUAGAGCUAAGCCAGUUGAGUUUGAGAAGAAAUUACUCUCAGAAGAUAAUGCUUUUUCAGAGGCUGGUCUUCAUGAUGCUCAAGAAGCAAAUAAAAGAAGGAAGUUAUGA